CCAGACGACUCCAGCGGCGAGGGGCAGCCCGUCUUCUCCCUGUGGCGUCGAGGGGACAGAAAGCCACGCUGCCCCCAAGCGUGGCUGGAAGCGGAGCUGAGGAAGUCUCGGGGCUUCGGGUGGCGAAGCUGGAGCUUUGGGAGGGGGGCCCAGGAGAGCAGAAGCCAAAGAAAAGCGAGCGGCGGAGGAGAGGAGAAGGGGAGGCGCGGCAUCCUUCCGCAGAGAGCGAUGCCUUCUGCCUGCAGGCGGGGAGCUUCUGCCCGCGGCGCGAUCGUCCUGCUUCUGGUGGGCAUCGGCAACCUGAGGCUUUGCCACGCAGGGGUUGAGUAUGGGGAUGUGCUGCCAGAGUCCUUUCCAUCGGCUCCGGCAGAGUCUCUCCCCCAUUUCUUGCUGGAGCCCCAGGAUGCCUACAUAGUGAAGAACAAGCCUGUGGAGCUCACCUGCAGAGCCAACCCUGCCACCCAGAUCUACUUCAAAUGCAAUGGCGAAUGGGUGAAUCAGAACGAUCAUCUCACAACAGAGACUUUAGAUGAAGUUACAGGGCUCCUUGUAAAAGAAGUCCAAAUCGAAGUCUCUCGGCAACAGGUAGAGGAACUCUUUGGCUUGGAAGACUACUGGUGUCAGUGUGUGGCAUGGAGCUCUGCCGGGACCACCAAAAGCCGAAGGGCUUAUGUCCGGAUAGCAUACCUGAGGAAGAACUUUGACCAGGAACCCCUAGGGAAAGAGGUUCCACUGGAUCACGAAGUGCUUCUGCAGUGCCGCCCUCCUGAGGGAGUGCCAACAGCCGAGGUGGAGUGGCUGAGAAAUGAGGAUGUGAUUGACACUUCCCAGGACACCAACUUCCUCAUAACCAUCGACCACAACCUCAUCAUCAAGCAGGCCCGGCUUUCAGACACUGCCAACUACACCUGUGUGGCUAAGAAUAUUGUGGCCAAACGGCGGAGCACCACAGCCACCGUCAUUGUCUAUGUGAAUGGUGGCUGGUCUACAUGGUCAGAAUGGUCCCUGUGUAGCAAUCGCUGUGGCCGUGGCUGGCAGAAGCGCACCAGAACCUGCACCAAUCCAGCGCCUCUCAAUGGUGGUUCCGUCUGUGAUGGGCAGUCCUUCCACAAGAUUACCUGCACCACUAUGUGCCCAGUAGAUGGAGCAUGGACCGAAUGGAGCAAGUGGUCAGCCUGCAGCACGGAGUGCACCCACUGGAGGAGUCGAGAGUGUGCAGCCCCCUCUCCCAAAAACGGAGGCAAAGACUGUAGCGGCAUGCUUCUUGAUUCCAAAAACUGCACCGAUGGGCUUUGUAUGCAAAAUAAAAGAUUUGUAAGCGAACCCAAAAGUCACCUACUGGAGGCUACCAGUGACGUGGCCUUAUAUGCUGGUGUGGUGGUUGCCAUCUUUGUUUUCAUCGUUAUCUUGAUGGCUGUCGGAGUGGUUGUAUACAGGCGCAGCUGCCGGGACUUUGAUACUGACAUCACAGACUCUUCCGCAGCUCUGACAGGAGGCUUCCACCCAGUCAACUUCAAGACCUCCAGACAUGACACCCCUCAGUUGCUGCACCCUUCAAUGCAGCCUGACUUAACAGCCAAUGCGGGUGUGUACCGUGGCCCCAUGUAUGCCUUGCAAGACUCUUCUGACAAGAUCCCAAUGACCAACUCUCCAUUGCUUGAUCCACUCCCUAAUCUCAAGAUCAAAGUGUAUAACUCUUCCACAGCAUCCUCCUCACCAGGGAUACUUGAGGGAGCAGACCUGUUAGGAGCAGUGCCCCCGGGCACCUUCCCAGUGGAGAAUCUCAGGGAUAACCAUUUCAUGAACCUAAGGAACAAGACCAUGGGCUCUCAACAUCUCCUGACCUUGCCCCGAGAACCCGGGAACAGUGCCACCGGAACAUUUGGCUGCCUGGGAGGAAGGCUUACCAUCCCUGGCACAGGGGUGAGUUUGUUAGUGCCUCAUGGAGCAAUCCCUCAAGGGAAGUUCUAUGAAAUGUACCUCAUGAUCAACAAAACAGAAAACACUCUCUUACCUUCAGAAGGCACACAGACAAUGUUGAGUCCCAUGGUGACCUGUGGACCCACCGGGCUGCUCUUAUGCCACCCCGUCAUCCUGUCUGUCCCACACUGUGCAGACAUUAGCUCCCCGGACUGGAUGCUGCAGCUAAAAACGCAAUCCCACCAAGGAAACUGGGAGGAAGUCGUAACUUUGGAUGAAGAGACUUUGAACACACCCUGCUAUUGCCAGUUGGAACCCAAAUGCUGCCACAUACUGUUAGAUCAACUUGGAACAUAUGUCCUUGUGGGGGAAUCCUACUCAAGGUCAGCCAUCAAGAGACUCCAACUUGCCAUCUUUGCACCUACCCUCUGCACAUCACUGGAAUACAGUCUCAAAGUCUACUGCCUGGAUGAGACACCAGAUGCCUUGAAGGAAGUGCUUGAAUUAGAAAGGACUCUUGGUGGUUAUCUUUUGGAAGAACCCAAGCCUCUACUGUUUAAAGACAGUUAUCACAAUCUGCGCCUCUCCAUCCAUGAUAUUCCCCAUUCGCUUUGGAGGAGCAAACUCCUUGCCAAGUAUCAGGAAAUCCCUUUCUAUCAUAUCUGGAGUGGCAGCCAACGGGCACUACACUGUACCUUCACCCUCGAGAGGUACAGCCCAGCUUCCACAGAACUGACCUGCAAGAUCUGUGUCCGGCAAGUGGAAGGGGAAGGGCAGAUAUUUCAGCUACAUGUUACACUUGGAGAGAGCUCCAGUUCCUUUGAUGCCUUGUGUUCCCACCCUGGCAGUGCCCUGACAACUCAGCUGGGGCCAUACGCCUUCAAGAUCCCUCUGUCUAUACGACAGAAAAUCUGCAACAGCCUUGAUGCCCCCAACUCCAGAGGAAACGACUGGCGACUUCUUGCUCAGAAACUUUCCAUGGAUCGUUACCUGAAUUUCUUUGCCACCAAAGCCAGCCCAACAGGAGUGAUCCUUGACUUAUGGGAAGCCCAGCACCAAGAUGAUGGGGAUCUUAAUACUCUGGCCUGUGCCUUGGAAGAGAUGGGCAAGAGUGAGAUGCUGGUUGUCAUGGCGACAGAGGGGGAUUGCUGAUACAGUUCGAGAAGACUUCCGGCAAUGGCCGAAUGGAGGGUGGAGCAACACAGGGAGGGAAACAACCC